AAUCUAUCGUCACUAUAAGAAGAUUUGUUUGAUUCGGAAGUGUUGCAAUGCAGUUACAACUAUCAGAGUGAACGGAUCGUAAUCCAGGAAAAUGGCAAAUAAUCCAGCGAUUAUAGCUUUGAGCUUACUAGUGGUCGCUGUGGCAGGAUUGAAUGCUGCAGACAAACUACCGAAAAAUUGUGGCAAGACAACGGGCUCCACGCAGGAUCCCUGGAUGGUUUCGUUCUCCUAUCAGGCAAGUCCGACCAGCUGGAAGCACUGGACCACGGGAACGGUAAUUAGCCAACGCUACGUCCUAACCAAGGGGGACGUCCCCUCGCAGCAGCUGUCCGUAACGCUUAAACCACACGGCUAUACGAGGAUCUAUCUGAGUGCAACUAGCAAGGACUUUACCAAAUCACCUGACGGUGAAAUUGCACUGUUUCGACUGGAUAAGAAUUACAAUUUUGAUGAUUACCUCCAGCCAAUCUGCCUCCCCGUUAGUCAAACCCUGCAGUCAACCUGGCCAAAACAGUUGACGUCCUACAUUAAGGUUGGGGAUCGCAUCGAAAAACCUUCAAUGUCCGAGGGUGCCUCGUCCAAGUGUUCAACGAGCCCUGGAUCGGACGAGCUGUGUAUGGUGCCGAAAUCGGGCACGACCUGCGCGGACACGACCGGAACUCAGCUGUACGCACCGGCUAGCAUCAACGGGGAUCAACGCAUCGUUCUGUACGGACUGGCCGUAACGCCGGGUUGCAAAGCUGGUGCACACGUGUUUAAGAAGGUCGCGUCUCACGUGGAUUGGAUCGUGGACAACAUCAAAGAGUAGUUCAAUAAAGAGCCUGGAUGUAGGCCAUUGCUUUAUGAAA